UUUCCAUUCAAAUAUUGUCGCACAUUUAUCGAAAUAUUUUCGUAAAAAAGUCUUAUUCUAAUUGUUCUGAUAAAUUAAAAAAAUGGUUGUUGAAUUAGAGUUCGACUAUAACGCAGCGAUCGCUUCCAUGGACAUAUUUUCGCAGCAAGAUUUCGAUAGUUUAAAACAGUGGACUCAGAAUUUAGAUAAAUCCAAAUUUGUGCCAAAAGAUCUUACGGAUAAACAGUUGUUAAUUUUCUAUAAUGCUUGUUAUGGGGAUGUCGAUAGAACGAAGGUUUGCAUUGAGAAGUAUUAUCAAAUAAGGAAGAAUGCUCCUGAAAUGUUUGACAACAGAGUUUUGAGCUCCGAAGAUGUGCAGCCGACAGUGCAGGCUCUAGAGUUUGCAGUUCUUCCAGAGAAGUCAUGCGAGGGCUACGACCUCAUCUACCACCGCCUUCACAACACGGAACCCUCCAAGUACCACUUAGAGCCUGGCUGCAAGCUGCUACUCAUGACAGUUGAUGCCUGUUUAAGCAAAAGGGGUCCGCAGCCAGGAUUCAUAUUCCUGUUCGACAUGCAGGGUGUGAAACUGGGUCACCUCACAAGAGUCAGUUUAUCCUUUCAGAAGGACAGACAAAGGACCCUGCGCAAGUUCUUCCAGUACGUGCAAGAGGCUAUGCCGGUGCGCAUGCGCGAGAUCCACGUGUUCAACACAGAACCGAUCCUCGACAAACUGCUACUCCUCAUUCGCCCGUUCAUGGACAAGAAGUUCUUUGAUAUGAUAAAGUUCCACCACAAGAACGAGGAUCUGGAGAAGUUCUACGAGACAGUCGUACCCCGGUCAGCCCUGCCCCCUGACCAUGGCGGGACCCUUCCUGACACCCAAACCCUACACAAGAAGUGCAUGCAGACCCUCAAGUCCUUGGAGCCGUACUUCCGAGCUGAAGAGGAGCAGAGGAUCAACGCCCUGCCGGACAAAAAGCGGGAUAAAGCCAUGGAAAAGGCGUUUAAGAACUUAGAUAUUGAUUAAUUAUAUACCCAGGUUAAUUCACUCGAAAGCUCUGUUAACCAUAAAUCUGUAAACUCAAUAGGUAUGAUGGCAGUAACAAAGAAUCGCUAAAAUAUUUUUUUUAUCCAAUGAUAUAUAUGCUUCACGUAUCAUGAAAAACGUUAUUUUUUCAAUAUUUUAAGUGAUUUUGGUAUUUCUUUUCAAUAAAUAAAACUACAGAAACUAGAGAUUCGCCACGACAGGUGAAACGCUGAAUUCCAAAUAAUGACGUCAUUUCUAUAUAAAUAUAAUUUUGUACCGCAUGAAUUUCGAAAAUCUAUGCGUAAAUUUAGUAUACAUGUGAUUUCAAACUAUCAAUUCUAAGUUCUUUGUUAUUAAAACCAAUAAUCUUUAGCUAUUUAUCAAGGAAUUACUAAAGUUCUAAUUUCCCUAUAGCGUCACGUCACGCCAUGACACCCGGCCAGCGUUAUAUCAACAAAACUUUUAAUUUCUGCAAAUUAAAAAAGAUAUUGUUUGUAAAUAGUAGAUACUUCCGAACAUCGUAAGGCAGUUUUUCUAACUUUGUCAUCAAACCUAUUGGUCUUUAAGACCUACGUCUCCGCCAAAGAUUUUUUUUUGCCAUUUUUGUUACCAUGAGCAUCCUCAUUUGAACCUGCAGAUGUUCGCUGCUGAACAUAAAUAGGCCUCAUCCAAGAAGCGUCAUCACAGCCGAUCCUCGGCCUUUUACAUGAAAAGGUUUCAUCAACGAAACAAAAUACCAAUAUUUUGUUUUGUUGCUUUCUGAUCGAAAAGGUGGAAUAAAUUGGCUACGUCUCUACGGUGGUUUCAUUUACCAACCGGUAGUGGUCAUGGGAUUUUUAUGGUCAUUCGAGCCGGAUUUAGCGAUCGGUGACAAUUAUUUAUUCCAACGCAACGCUGAAGAUAUAGUUAUGGGAAAUCAGCGCCAUACAUCAGUUACAAAUAUAUUCCAUAUAUAAGGUGAAACCCGUUGCUUCCUUUCUGAAAAACACGUCAUUAAGUCAGUGUUCUCGAUAUGUACUAUGUACUUGAUAUGUAAAUG